GCAGCAGCCAUCUAUUUGUUGGACUUUGGCCGUGUCUCCUUGGGGAGAUUUCCAGAAACACACAACAGAGCUCCGGGAUGCUUGGCAGACUGUCCCAGUGUGGUGCAUUCACUGUCCUGGUUUUUCACCCUGUUGUCUUCCUCACCCUGAUACACUCAUGUAGAGGUCAGUCUGAGGUGAUUGGUCCAUCUCAGCCAAUAGUGGCCCUCAUUGGUGAGGACAUCAUUCUUCCGUGUUACCUGGUACCUGCCAUGAAUGCCUUCGACAUCACCAUGGAGUGGGCGAGGCCAGACCUGGACCCCAGGUUUGUCCUGGUGUGGCGUGACGGCGUGGAACUGGAGAUUAAAAAACAUCCGUCCUACAGGGGCCGAACAUCUCUGUUCACUGAGGAACUGAAACACGGAGCCGUGUCCCUGAAACUCUCCAAAGUGAAAAUAUCUGAUGUGGGAACAUACAGAUGCUUCAUACCAGUACUAGGCAAAUCCGCUACUGUUCAGCUUGUUGUAGGCGCCGUCUCCCCACCUGUAAUCCAGAGCAGUAAAAACCUCAGUGCAGGGGUUCUCCAGUGUGAGUCUGAAGGCUGGCACCCAGAGCCUGAGGUGCUGUGGCUGGACGGUGAUGGGAACCUCCUCUCUGCCGGACCCACGGAGACUCUCCGAGGUCCUGAUGGACUCUACACUGUCAGCAGCAGAGUGGUUGUGGAGAAGAGACAAGGCAACAACUUCACCUGUAGAGUCCAGCAGCAGGACAUAAACCAGACCAGAGAGACACACCUCCACGUCCCAGAUGAGUUCUUCAUGGUCCCCAGUACUGCCAGUACUCCCAGUACUGCUGGUAGUCCAGGUCUUAUUACUGGCUCAGUUAUUGGUUGUGCUCUUCUGCUGUUAAUAGCUGUGGUUGUCUUUGUUGUGUGGAAAUGGAGACAAAAGAAAUUCAAAAACAAGAGGAGGAGCCCCGAGGACGGAGCUGAACACACAGAGGAAGAGAACAAGCUCACAUCCAAAUGUGAUAACACAGGAUUCCAGAUUCUGAAUGAGCGAGAAGGAGAAAAUGCUCCGCUGAUGGCAGGGAGAGAGGAAGAGAAUAAUGUGAUUGGAGCAGAGGACGAGGACAGAGCUCAAAGUGAACAUAAAGAAGAAACCCAACACAACCAGACCAAACCAGAUGUGGACAGGGCAGAAGGAGAGAGAGACGUUACAUCUAUAAAGAAUGAAAACGUAUCUCUGAUUCCAACAGAGGUAGAAAAACACCAAAAACAAGACAUGACAGGAAGAGAAGUAAAAGAUGAUGGAGACGAGGGUGGAGCAGAGCAGACGAUGGAACCAGUUAAAGCAGAUUCAGGACGUUCACUGGUGCUGGUGGCAGAAGGACCAAAAGAGCAGCUGCAAAGUGUCCGCGCUGAUCAGGAGGAAGAGAAAGAAGAAGAGACAUGGCCAGAACCAAUGACUGAUGUGCACAAGAAAAAGCAAAACAUUAAGAAAAAGAGAAAAAAGAAAGAGAACUCGAAGAAGCUCCAGGAGGAACAGAAAGAACAGGGGCAACAGGAGAUAGAAAGAAAUAUUCAACCAGAAGAGCAGAAAACACAAGAGAGAGAGAAAGAUGAGAUGGAACCACAGACAGAAAAGGAUAACCAACAUGUUCUACAAGACAGAAAGCAGGACACCAGUAAGGCAGGACAUGAGGAAAAGAAAGGGAAAGAUCAGGAGGAAAACCAGAGUUACAUUACGACAACUACACAAAGAAAGGCAGGAAACCAAAUGGAGAAAAUCAAUGAGAGUAUGGAGAAGACAGAGGAAGAGAAGAUGGAGAAAGAGAAGAAGAGGCAGUCAGAGGAGCAGGACAUUUUAAAGAGGAAUGAGGACAAGAUAGAGACCAAAACACAGACAGGGGAUGUCAACCAGCAAGGGUUAGAUGCCAGCAAACAAGAGGCACAACACGAGGAUGAGACGGGUAAAGAUCAGGAGGAAGAGCAGAGGAAGAUGACUCCAAUGGAAGAACGGCCAGAAAGCCCAAAGGUGCAAAUGAAUGAGAACUCCAAGGAGACAGAGAUAAAGAGAAGUCAGAGUGAGAAUAAUGAACUGAUGCCAUCAGUCAGUAUUAGUGAAGUUACAGAGAAUCCAGAUCUCAAGACACAUCAAGAAACAGCAGGGAGACAAGAGCAAAGGCUCCAAGAGGAGAAUCAUCUCCAGGCAGAGGAACGGGUGAGAAAUAAGGAAGAAACAUCCGGGAGAAAUCAGAAAGAACAGCCAGAGGAAUCCUCCAAGAAGGUAGAAGAAGAGGGUGAAGAAGAGGAGAUGGAGAGUGGCAAAGAAGCUGACUCUGAUGAACCUCAAAAGACGUCCAAGAAGAUCCAACAAGGACAGGUACAGGCAGAGCAACAUCUGGACGUAAAGGAGGGAAUCCCAGAGAAGAUAAAAGUGUUUACCGCAGAGAGAGGAGGUGAGAGGCAGGGAGUACAGCAACAAGAGCCUAUGGAUAACAACAGAAGACGUUCCAUAAAGGCCGAGAGAAGAGGAAAACGACAACUUAAACAAGAGAAGGAGUUCAAUGUGAGUCAAAAACAGACAGGCAAGAAGAAGAGGUGUCAUGAAGAAGACAGUGAGCCAACACAGAAGAGGUCCAAAAAGUCUGAAGAGGACGUCAACAUGGAACAAGACCUAAUAGAUACAGAAGAAAUGGAAGUGAAUUCACAACAGGAUCAAGCAUGUAUGUGUGAGGAAGACCAAGAGGAGGACAUGGACCUUUAGGAAAAAAAGCAAGAAACUCAAAGAAGAAGCAGGACGCCAUUUACAACAUUUACAUUGUUCAGCUAUUGGCAGCUAGUGUAUGACAGUUUUUAUUUUUCAUUUCAACCACAAGAAAACAUUGCAGAAUUUUAUUAUCAUUUUUCUCGGGAGCAGAGGAAUAAAUAUCAGCAAACUAGAGAUUCACUAAUAUCUCUUUUCCCAAUUGUUUUUAUAUUGUGAUGUGUCCAAGAUAAUGUCCAGGACUCUCGUGCAUCAGAUUGGUCGUGUGCAGGAUGAGGUUAAAUUUGUGUUUUAAGUUAAAACUUCAAAGCAAAUAUAUUGUGAGUAAAUUUGUGUAAAUGAAUGUAAUACGUGUGGUUUGUUGGAUUGUCUUGUGUAUAAAACAUCUAUUCAUGUUCUGAGCAAGUCCUUUGGCUGAGACACAUCAGCAAUGUGUUGAGAAAAUAUGACGAUGCACAGACGCUGACAGCUCGGAUUGUUUUCUUUUAACGCGGAUUUACAUAUUUGAGCACUGUUAUUCUCUCUAUCAUAAUUUUUAAAGCCUUCUCUUACAAUAGGCAUCAAGCAGGUCAAGGUGAUAUGAUGAUAGUGUGCCAAAAUGAUGUAAAAACAUAUAUUUUUUUUAUAUUAUUCUGUAUUAUUUUUAUGAAAAUGUUGCCAGCGAAGUG